GUGGAAGGACUGGUUCCAAAGGUACCGAUCCGUUUCUAAUCCGCUCCCAUUCUCCGCCUUGCUAAAGCUCCAGGAGACGUUUCCAUGAGUCCGCAUCAACUCAUAUUGUGUUUAUCAGCUGCUAGCAAAAAACUCUCAACGAAUAUAUAUAGAGGUGUACAAUUACGAAUAUCCGAACUGAAAGAAGCGAUAGAUAAAGGGCGGAUUUCGGAGCGAUGUCUCAAAAGCCUCAAUUAUGUCGUCGAUUCUAUCGAUAGAGGAUGUUAUGAUGACGCACAAACUUUUUACGAUCGCCUGAGGGCUGAAUUUCCUGAAGAAAUGGGCCCAUGGGCUCAACAAGGUAUUCGGCUAUUAAUUUCUGAGCUCCGACGACCGGCUUCACGAAUCGGAUCUGCAGGGCCACAUCUCAGGACGCAGUAA